AACUCUUUGGUACUUUUGUUAAGUAUUUGACUUUAUUUCACUUACAAGAAAAAUGAUUGAAGGCGGAGAUAUGUCAAACGAAGCAGCAGUUGAAGAUGACUCGACAGAUGAACAAGACUUUUUAGAACAAGCGAGGAAAUAUUUACAAGAGACUUAUCAAGAGCUGAAAUGUACCGGAGCUCCAUUGACUGAUAAUGAAACACCUUUAACUGAAACACGAGGUGUCGAUAUUAAAACAUCAGUUAUCGAAGUGGAAACACCAGCUGUUCAAACCGAAACUCUUUCUGUCGAAAUCGAAGCACCAGCAGUCAAAUUGGAAACAGGAGCCAUGGGAUGCGAAACAGCAGAUUUUGAAGUUGAAACAUCAGAUGAUGAAAUUGAAGAAAGAUCAGUUAUUGAAGAAGCUGUACUGGAAACAGUAGCCAUGGAAUGCGAAUCACCAGAUGUUGAAGUUCUAACAUCAGAUGUUGAAAUUAAAGAAGGAUCAGUUAUUGAAGAAGAAUUAGCAUCAGAUGUCGAAAUCGAAACGCCGUGGCCAAUAUGGGCAGAGGGUCCGGGCUUGAUGGACUGCUUUGUCGGUGAUCAGGGCUUCUUUAAAGUCUUCACCGGAGAUGCCGGACAAGGUACACUUAGUGUGCAAUUGAAGAAACCUAAAACCAAAGCUCGAGUAAGAAAGUGGAAGGGAGUGAAAGAGACCGUUACCUGUAGAUACAACCCAGAAGUAGCUGGAAAGUACAUUAUCAAAAUCAAGUGGGAUGACGAACAUAUAAUAGGCAGUCCAUUCACGAUACAAGUCAGAAUUAAACGUUCAGCAAUUGAAAUCGAAACACCAGCUGUCGAAAUCGAAGCACCGGCUGUUGAAGUUGAAACAGCAGCCAUGGAAUACGAAACAGCAAAUGUUGAAGAUGAAGUAUCAGAUGUUGAAAUUGACGAAAGAUCAGUUAUUGAAGAAGAAGCACCAAUUGCCAAAACUGAAGCUCCGGUUGUCGAAGUUGAAACGAUAGCUAUGGACAUAGAAAGACGGUGGCCAGCUCUUGAAAUUGAAACGCCGUGGCCAGUAUGGGCAGAGGGUCCGGGCUUGAUGGACUGCUUUGUCGGUGAUCAGAGUUACUUUCAAAUCUUCACCGGAGAUGCCGGACAAGGUACACUAAGUGUGCAAUUGAAGAAACCCUUAGCCAUACCUCGACUGAGAAAGUGGAAGGGAGUAAAAGUUAGUGAAUGGAGGGGAGCCAAACGGACUGUAACCUGUUGCUACAACUCAGAAGUAGCUGGAAAGUACAUUAUAAAAAUCAAGUGGGAGGAUGAGCACAUUAUGGGCAGUCCAUUUAAAAUACAAAUCAGAAAACGUCCAGCAAUCAAAAUCGAAACACCUACUGUUGAAGUCCAAGUACUAGCAAUUGAAGCGGUUGAAGUCAAGUUACCAACUGUAAAAGAGAAACGUGAAACGCUGAAAAAGAUACGAGCAGAAGGUCCGGGCUUAAUGGACUGUUUGGUGGGUGAUCUAACCUACUUCCAAAUAUUUAAAAAACAUGCUGGACACGGUACACUUAGUGUGCAAGUAAAAACACCAAAAGCCAAAUCUCAAGUUAGUGAAUGGGAGGGAGCGAAACGGACCAUUUCUUGUAGAUACAACCCAGAAGUAGCUGGAAAGUACAUUAUCGUAAUAAAGUGGGAGAAGGAACACAUAAUGGGCAGUCCAUUUAGCAUAAAAGUCAGGGAACGUCCAGCUAAAUCUAUUAAAUUUGAAAUGCCUGCUGUCGAAUCAUGAUCUGAAACGUAAAAUUCAAGAUCAGAACAACAGAUGUUGAUACUGACAUGGAUGACUUUACGAUUACCAGACUUGAGAGACUGUACGGCAUUGGGAAACAAGUGUUACAUGCCACCCUGGCCUUCAGAUGUUAUAAACCCCUCCGGGAUAGAAUAAGAUUCUGAUAAUCCCGGCUCCCGCUAAAUAGAUUUUGAUAAUCCCGGCUCCCGCUGUUAGUUUUUACCCGCUGAAUGAAUAACCCCGGCAUAAUUUCUAUAAUCCCGCCCCGCUAUUUGGUUCGACCCGGUUCAUUUAUUUAACAGAUAUUAAUUUGUGUU